CUUUCGGGCCCUAGAGUUUGGUCUCCAUGGUUACGCCGAGAGUUCCGGGCUGCCGUGAAAGCCCCAGGGAAGAAUUGGGUAGACCCGGCUCAGGCUCUUCACUACCGCCAAGGUCAGCCCAGCCCGGGCUCCGCGCCCUUGAUCCCGGAGUGUACCUCGCGAGGAGGCGAGCAUGGGUCAGCGGACGGAGCCUGGGCUGCGGGAGCAUGUCGUCUAAACUGGUUCAGGCGAAACUGACAGUAAGGACUCUUCAGGCCCCGCCGCUGAGCGUAAAGAGCUGUCGCUUCCGGUCGGAGGCUCACAGGUCCCCAGAAUGCCUCCCACUCAAGCUGAAAGUGUUAUAAAGAAUAUCAUUAGAGAAAUAGGACAAGAAUGUGCAGCCCAUGGAGAGAUUGUUCCUGAAACUCUGGUUGCUUUUAUGGUGAAAGCUGUUGUUCUGGACCCGAGUAAUGGCUUUAACACGGAUAGAACGCUCACAAAAAGUGAUGUGCAGAAACUGGUGAAGCUUUGUGUGAAUCGGCUAUUGGACAGUAAAAAUCCUUCCCUGGACACCAUUAAGAUGCAAGUCUAUUUUGAUAUGAAUUAUACAAGUCGAGAGGAAUUUCUUGAAGAACAUCACCGGGUCAUAGAGUCUAGAUUAAGUUCUGUUAGCAGAGAGAUUACAGACAGUCGAGCAUGUGUCCGAGAGGAGCUGGAAAGCCUCUACCGCAAGAUCGUCAGCUACGUGUUACUGCGUUCUGGGCUGGGGUCCCCAACAGACAUCAAGAUUGUCAGAGAGGCAACAGCUGCCCUACAGAGUGUAUUUCCUCAAACUGAACUUGGGACAUUUCUAACCCUUUCUAAGAAGGACAAAGAACGCCAGCUGAAAGAACUCACCAUGAUUGUGACUGGAAUUCGUUUAUUUAACCGAGACUGUGGAAAGGGAGGAGAAGGCAUUGAUGACUUGCCAGCUAUUCUACAGGAAGCAAUCCCAGGCACCACUAAGCAUGUUGAUUCCCAGCUUGAGGCGGUUCAGGACCAGGCAUACCGCUACACAGCCAUCCUGGAGAAGGCAGCAAAGAAUCCCCUCAUGAGUCAAGAACUUCAGCCCUAUAUGUUAAGAGAAGCCCUAUAUAAUGUGCGGCAAUGCGAGAUCUUCCUUCAGGUCAUUUUGUCAGAUAUAAUUACCUGUGCUCAAGAAGUGGAAAUGAUGAUAAAGCAGUUAGAAGCCCAGCUGGAACAAUUAAAAUUGACUGUAAAGUCAAAGACGGCUAUCCCGACAUCUCAAGUCUUUCCUAUCUUCAUUGCCCUUUCCAACCUGUGGACUAGCUUUCAAGAUGAAACUGUCUUGAUUAGCAUCCUUAGUAAUUUAACUACUCAUCUGGAGCCAUUCCUGGGGGCUCAUGACCUGUUCUUUCCUGAGAAAGUGAUGCAAGUUCUUCUUGAUGGAGUGACUGUGAAAACUGACGUGUGUAGAAUAAAAGAGCACAUAGAAGAUAAAGUAAAUGUGGCAGAUUUCAAAAAACUGGAGUGGCUUUUCCCAGAAACAACAGCCAAUUUUGAUAAAUUAUUGAUUCAGUAUCGGGGAUUUUGUGCUUACACUUUUGCUACAACAGAUGGUCUUCUCCUUCCAGGAAAUCCAUCAAUUGGAAUUUUGAAAUAUAAAGAUAAGUAUUAUACUUUCAAUACCAGAGAUGCUGCAUAUUCAUUUGCAGAAAAUCCUGAAAAUUACAUUGAUAUAAUUAGAGAAAAAGCCAAAAAAAAUGCAGAAUUGAUUCAGCUACUGGAACUUCAUCAACAGUUUGAAACCUUUAUUCAGUAUUCUCAGAUGAAAGAGGUUGACAAACGUUAUAUAAAACCAAUUACAAAAUGUGAAACUGGCACUCAGACGGAUACGCACUUGUUGCCACCAACAAUUGUGAGGUCGUAUGAGUGGAAUGAAUGGGAAUUAAGAAGAAAAGCUAUAAAAUUGGCCAAUUUGCGUCGGAAAGUUACUCACUCGGUACAGACUGAUCAUAGUCACAUGAGAAGAGAAAACUAUUCCCAGGUGUACCCUUCAAAGGAUGUUGGUACGCAGUCCAUGAGGGAGGGCAGCAGCCGAGUGCCCCGGCCCCAGAUUUACAUAGCUGGUCUCCGCGGGGGCCAAACUAAGACCACCUAUGGAGUCAAGGUGAACUUAACUAGAGCGGUUGAUGAAACCUAGUUAGAGACUGGGUUUUUAAUGUGGAUGCCACAACUGAUGAACAGUGGCAAGUAUUUAAGAGUAUGUUUGCAUCCGUGAAAAUUCACUGAUUUUUGGGGGGAGCUGGUACAUUCAUUGGUGUUAUGAAUGUCUUUGGAUUCUCAUUUAUAUGCACUGUCGAACUCCAACAAUAAAGGAAACAUUGUUUUCUGUAAUACAUUUUUCAUUCUAUUAAAAUUGAAAAGUAAAA